AUGAAUCAUCAAGAGACGAAUCCCCGCCUCCUGCUCAGGAAGAAUCCCCGCCUCCUGCCUCCAGGUUUUCCGGCAAUAAGAGUGGCACUCAAAAAAGCCGAGAAAAGAAUCCGACACCGGCAUAAAUGUCCUGACUUUGCCGUGGAGGUAGUGAACCUCCCGCGCCACAUCAAGGGCGUUCAUAACCAACUAAAGAAGCAGGCAAAGGUAAUUGCCCAGAAUGGUCGCAUAUCUGUGAGGCUUCUGGUUGGACGGAGGCAUGACACGUGCUCAUUUUGUCGCAUACAGGUGGUCAGGAUGAGACGCCACAUCAAAAGGGCUCACCACCUGCAGGGCGACCAACUGACAACAGAAAUGGCCCGCUUUCUCCGAGCAAAAGAUCUUGAGAAGAAAGCUCAAAGGGUUCGGGCUAGGAGUGCCCAAUCGGCGCCAGCACCAGCACCACCAGCAUCAGCACCAGCACCAGCAGCACCAGCAGCACGAGAAUUCCUCCUCCAGCAGCUGCAACAAUUAGUUGAUUUUCUAACAUCCAACGCUGGUGGAGCAAAGUCCGAAAAAAUACCCAGCAGCAUUUUUCCCAGGCUUCGCACAUCAUACAAUUAA